AUGCCUCCAACCCAACCGAACCCAGGUCAGUACGCGCUGACGAACGGGGACCCUCUGAACGGCCAUUGCUAUCUCUCCGGAUACAUCUCCUUAUUGCUUCGGGCCGAACCUUACCCGACGUCCCGAUAUGGAAGCCAGUGCAUGCAGCCCAACAAUAUCAUGGGUAUCGAGAACAUCUGCGAGCUGGCAGCUCGCUUGCUCUUCAGCGCUGUGGAAUGGGCUAGGAACAUCCCUUUCUUUCCCGAUCUGCAGAUCACCGACCAGGUGUCCCUUCUCAGGCUGACGUGGAGCGAGCUGUUUGUGUUAAACGCGGCUCAGUGCUCCAUGCCUUUGCAUGUGGCCCCUCUGCUUGCCGCGGCAGGCCUCCACGCUUCUCCAAUGUCUGCAGACCGAGUCGUGGCUUUCAUGGAUCACAUUCGAAUCUUCCAGGAGCAGGUUGAGAAGCUCAAGGCCCUCCACGUUGACUCGGCAGAGUACAGCUGCAUCAAGGCAAUAGUACUCUUCACGUCAGGUGAGUGUUUACCAUGCCUCUAUGUUAAGGCCUUCUCUCAUAGGCGGGCGGUGAGGAGGGAGAAAAUCAGACUAGAGGCCAUGGCUGUCUAGUGCAGGCUACUCCAUGCUGUUUUGUAUAAUAAUUUGCUGCAUAUAUCCACAUUUAUACAUUUUGUGUGUUAGUCAAAGCGAAAAAGAAGUAAACAAACCGACCCACAGACAGUGUCUAAUGUAUUACUUUUAAAAACGUAAUUUAAAUGUGUAUUUUACCUCGUAUAAAAAGACUGAAAGACCAUAUAAUAUUUAAUAAAUGUUGAGAAAUUAUUAAGCAUUAUAUGUUUUAUAAAUCUGGAAAGAUAUUUGUUUUGGUCUAUGUCGCAGGCGUAUUGUUUUAUUACAUUAUAUACGUAAAGAAAAGCAUAAUUUGAGUAUGACACUUCAUGUAGGCUAUUUAUGUUGUGGCAUAUGUUUUUCAUGUUUUGCGUGCACAAAGGCGUAUCAUUUUAAAACAGGAAAUGAUCCCUAGCUGCCUGAUCAAAGAAAACGAUGAAAUAGCCUAAAAUGUCAUUGUAUUACUUUGCUCGCGGUAGGCUAUGCUUGAGAUUGAUUGGGAAUGUAGACUAUUUUGUGUCCUGAUAUUUCCUCUCACAAUUAUUGUCUUAAAUAAUUAGAAUCCCACAUUUUGAAAAGUAGUCUACAUAGGACAGCUCAUUACUAGCUAUCUGGCUGAGGCAAGUUUACCAUUGUUUACCUAUAGAUAUUUAAAGUUUGACUGUGGACACUUGCUCUCAUUACCAUUUGCAAGUACCGCGUAAUAGUGGAGAGUAGGCCUAGUGUAUAAAAAAGCCAAAAUCGACCGUGGCUCAAAAUAGCUCUCAUGUGGCUCUUUAAAAGUGAACAAAUUCUUAUUAAAUUGCCUUAUUUCAAUCAAUACAUUUCACAAUUACGCAACAUUUCGCUAAUGAUUGUGUUUUUUAAUAUAAGGAAAUGUAUAUAUUUUUAAUAAACACACUUUCACUCUCGAUGUCCUCAAAAAAUACUAUGCUUACUGACAUCACCUACAGCCUACUUUAGCCUAAAGUAACCUAGCAUGAGCAUCUUACUUGAUCUUUAUUUUUUAGAUCUAUAUUAAACAUAUCCACACUACUUUAAAUACUAAAAUACAUUCCUUGCAUAUUAUAUUAGGCAUAUAUUAUAUUACAUUAUGUGUAGGUAAUAUAUAAUGUUAUUUAUUUUGUAAUUAUUAAAAAAAAAUAUGUGGAUAUACAGACAGGUUGAGUGUUCAGUGAACUUGUUUUGAUUGGUGGCCAAAGGGGGAUUCAAAGGAAGUGUUUUAUUCAAUGUCAUUAAACCUACCCCAGUGCUCUAGUUUGCCCUCCUCGGUGACAUGGAAACCUUUAUCAAUGCUUUAUCUGCUCACAAGGACUUUUCCUGGAUUUUGGGAUAGUUUAUGGGCAUUUAUGUCCUUAGCAUCCAAACUUUGAGUUCUCAUUUUGUAGGCCUACAUGUGACUUUGCCCUUUUUGAGUCCCACCCUAAUAUAAAAUGAUUGCCAUCAUUGCAAAAUAACAUUUAAAGACAAACAUAUAUUUAUGUGCAUUUAUAUGAUCAAUCAAGCCAAUCUUGUCUACCUAUAGACUACCUUUGCUAUUGCAAUCUUAUUUUUGUAUCUUUUUUAUUAGGCAUUAACAUAGCAUGAUGACAUUGAGGGCCUUGCACCAAGUUGUUGUUACAUUAUGAUAUAUAAUAUAACAUAAAAUAGCCUAGAACUGAAUAGUUAGUUGUUUAAGAUGACUAGCUAGCUUUAACCUUGAUUUUUGUCAAUUUUAGCAAGAGACAACAUGUAGGGCCAAUGAUAUACGUAGAAAACUAUUGUUGCAGUCCAGGUUUACUCUGUUGAACAUUUUAAUUGGGUUACUUUUAUUUAUAUUUGCAAACAGGAAACUCAUAGGUGGUAGCCUAGUUUAGGUGAUUGUCUUCUUAUGAUUCAUAUUAUGUCCAGUUAUCUAUUGCGUCUUCAUAAUUAAUUAAAUGUUUCUAUCUGUGUUCAGAUACUUGAUGAAUGUGAAUCUAGAAAAUAUGUAUUUUAUGUUUUUUCAGAGUUAGUUCUAUGUUUGGGUACUAUAGGGUGCCCUUUCACAAGCUUUCUUUUGCUUUUGACUCAUGCAUUCACUGCUGCUCAGUCGCCGAAAUGCUUUGAGCUUAAUCAUUGUGUUGCGUUUCACAAGUUUAUAUUUGAAAGAGGUUUUGAAAUGUAAUUAAUUUCUCCCCGAUUAAUUGUUUUAUUUAUUGAUUAGAGACACUCAAAAUUAAUCCAAACGGAUUUGCAUAGGCUACGUGGGGCUGGGCCGCCUAUAAGGUCAUAUAUAGUAAAUCAACCCGAGAUCUCCGAGUUGCCCCCACGCAGUCCGCGAGUUCAUAAGGUUAUUGUGUCUGGCCAUAGUGAGUUAUAGCCCUGAGAAAUCUAGAUGAGGCUUAAUGUUUAAUCUAUUAGAUUUGGAGAAUUGAGACUAUCUCUCCUGUGCACUUGCUACAAGGCAAUGACUUAAUACAACAUCGUCAGGCCUACACAUAACGGUCCAUAACCCAGUAUGCUUGGCACAACCGUUUACAGCAGAUUUUUAAGCACAGCAGUAGGCCUAUGCCAUGGCGAUAAACAGUUUGGUUUGUACUAUUCGCAAACACAUCUUAAGACAUGAACAUUAAGUGUAUGUAUCUAUUUAGGCCAAUGCAGACUGCAAUCCACAACCCCCGACUGUGUUCAAAACACAUUUCACAUGUGUUGUUGUGCUGGCUCCUUUUCGUAUUUCUACGUGUUUUUUGCGUGACUAUUGACUUCACCCCUGCUAAUAAAUUUGAUUGCUUCCAGCGGCUUUUCCUAGGCUAAAUUGAAAAGCAGGCCAAGCAUGGUCUAUCAAGAAAAGAGCGGGAAAAUGUCAUAACAGCUUAUUGAGAGUAGCCUAAUUAGGUCAUAUACAGCCAUUGCAAUUUCAACUUCAUCAAUGUCUUUUAUACAUUUCUAUAUACUUGAGUCCCCUGAGUCAGAAACCACGAGUGGGCCUAUACCUUUCCCUCUGCUUCCUCAAUUGGAAACGCUAUAGGCUUAUGCUACACACCAUUUUCCAUCCCCGUUAGCUGCAUAUUCUUUGUUUUGAUUGGUUUAUGAACGUGUAGAGGUAUCUGCCGCUGUGUGGCGCGUUCCCCACUUGAACAGAUCGCCCUUGUUUAUUCUAUAUGACAGUCCCUCUUACUCAAUGUGAUGUAGCAUGUUUGGGCAGUGUGUUUGUUUAUUUCACUUUGUCAAUAACACGUAACGCUGAUGUUGAAUGAUAACCAGGGUGCUUUUGUGUUUCUCUUUUGCCUGCACAGACGCCUGCGGCCUGUCAGAUGCGGCUCACAUCGAAAGCCUGCAGGAGAAGUCUCAGUGCGCCCUGGAGGAAUACGUGAGGAGCCAGUACCCUAACCAGCCCAGCCGCUUUGGCAAGCUCUUGCUGCGGCUGCCAUCUCUCCGCACCGUCUCCUCAUCGGUAAUUGAGCAGCUGUUCUUCGUCCGCUUGGUAGGUAAAACUCCUAUUGAAACCCUCAUCAGGGAUAUGCUAUUAUCCGGGAGCAGCUUCAACUGGCCUUACAUGUCCAUCCAAUGA